AUGAUGAACGAGCAGGGACCAAGGAGCACGGAGGAGGAGAACCCUUCGCUCUCUCCCAUCGUUCUCCCUGACGAGUUGAUUGUAGCGAUUCUGGUGAGACUACCGGUGAGUUCUCUUCUCCGUUUCAAAUGCGUCUCCAAAUUGUGGCUCUCUCUAAUUUCAGAUACCCAAUUUGCGAAAUCCCAUUUUGACCUAGCUGCUUCACCCACCCACCGUCUCCUCCUCAAUUGCACUCAUCAACUCCAAUUCCAAUCCUUAGACAUUGAUUCAUCACCACCCAACAAUGAAUCUGCACUGCUCCAAUACCUCCGUCAAGAGUUUCAUGGUUAUGGUAUAGAAUACCAUAUAGAUUUUCACCCCAAACUUCACGUCCUGGGUUCUUGCAGAGGGUUUCUACUCUUACUUUCACCCAAUCAAAAUGAUUUCAUUGUGUCUAAUCCAUCAACGGGUGUGCAAACACUAAUUCCAUCAUCUACUAGUUUUAGAUAUUCUAGGCAUUCUCAGUAUGGUAUUGGGUAUGAUGAAUCAACUGAUGACUACUUGUUAGUUUCUAUAAAUUCGUUUACAAUUGACCUGUUUUCUUUGAAAACCAAUUUACCCUGCUCGCUGCCACUGGAUCAUGAAUAUCAGUUGUAUGAUUAUUAUUUUGCUAGUCCAAUCGAUUUGUUCUUACAUGGGUCUCUUCAUUGGUUGGUUACGUCGAGUCUUACGAAGCUUAGUGUAGUUCUUGCUUUUGAUCUGGUAGGGAAGAGUUUAUCAGAGAUUGCUCUGUCGCCUGAUUUAGCUCUGAAGAGAAAGCCAUAUCAUUUCAUAGAGAUGACAGGAUGUCUUGGUCUGUGUCCUGGUCUAUGCUACUCUGGUAAUCUUGGCAUCAUUGAAAUAUGGAUAAUGAAAGAGUAUAAACUGCAAUCAUCUUGGACUAAGAUUGUUUUCUCUACUCAUGACAUCCUUAGCACACCCCGCUUUUUUCCAAUAUGUUUCACUAAAUGUGGUCACGUUUUUGGAUCAGAUGAGGCUGGAAGAUUCUUCAGAGUCAACGAUAAAGGAAAGCUGCUUGCAGUUUGGCCGUUGGACUGGAAGAGCAAUUAUCGUCUAUUACAUAGUCGUAUGUAUACACCAAGUUUACUGUCACUCCCUAGUUAAUUUGUAACAGACAUCAAGUAUCAAUUCACUGAUUCUCCUGAGGCUCUGUUGGUAAUAGCCACCCCAAUGAAUUUCCUCAUUCAGCAUAUCCAGCAGGCGAUGAUAAUCUGGACCUAUUGUAAUGUUUGACCUAAUGUCUGCUCUUUUUGUCUUAGAUAAUGACAUUUUAGAUGUUAAAUAUUAAAACUUUUCAAUUGUAUGUAAGGUGUUUGAUGUGCAGUUGAAGGAGAAAUCAGUGAUGGUUGUUAGCA